AUGACUUCUUCCAACCCUGACCAGCGCCUGGAGCAUCUCCUCAGCGCCGUGGAGAGCGAGUUCCAGAAGGGCAGCGAGAAGGGAGACGCGUCCGAGAGGGAUAUUAAACUGACUCUGGACGAUGCAGACUUAUGGAUCAAGUUUAAAGAGUUGACCAACGAGAUGAUUGUCACCAAAACUGGAAGGAGGAUGUUCCCGGUGCUGAGGGCCAGCGUCAGCGGCCUGGACCCCAACGCCAUGUACUCGGUGCUGCUGGAUUUCGUGGCCGCGGACAACAACCGCUGGAAGUACGUGAACGGGGAGUGGGUCCCCGGUGGCAAACCGGAGCCCCAGAGCCCCAGCUGCGUCUACAUCCACCCAGACUCCCCCAACUUCGGAGCGCACUGGAUGAAAGCGCCCGUGUCCUUCAGCAAAGUGAAACUGUCCAACAAGCUGAACGGGGGCGGACAGAUCAUGCUGAACUCUCUGCACAAAUACGAGCCGAGGAUACACAUCGUGAAGGUCGGCGGCAUCCAGAAGAUGAUCAGCAGCCAGUCUUUCCCUGAAACACAGUUCAUAGCUGUCACUGCUUACCAGAAUGAGGAGAUUACUGCUCUGAAGAUAAAGCACAACCCCUUUGCCAAAGCCUUCUUGGACGCCAAAGAAAGGAGCGACCAUAAAGACGUCCCAGAUCACAGUGCAGACAGCCAACAGUCUGGCUACUCUCAGCUUGGAGGUUGGUUCCUCCCAGGCCAGAGUCCUAUCUGCCCCAGCAGCAGCCCUCCUCAGUUCAGUGGCACGGCAGGCCACGCCUCUGGCUCCUACUGCGAGCGCUACUCCAGCCUGAGGAGCCACAGAGCGGCCCCAUAUCCCAGCCACUACCCCCACCGCACCUCCAGCACAAACAACUACAUGGACAACACUUCAGGGACUCUGCCCGCUCAUGACAGCUGGUCUGCUCUUCAGAUCCCGAACUCCACGGGCAUGGGCACUCUGUCCCACACCACCAACUCCACAUCCAAUUCCAGUCAGUACCCCAGCCUAUGGUCAGUAGCCGGCACUACCCUCACCCCUUCAGGCUCGGCCUCAGGCUCCAUACCUGGAGGUUUGACCUCCCAGUUCCUGAGGGGCUCCUCCUACACGGGCCUGACCUCCUCGCUGCCCGUCUCCUCGCCCUCCUCCAUGUACGACCCAAGCCUGAGCGAGGUCAGUGUCGGGGAGGCCCAGUUCGAGAGCUCCAUCGCCAGGCUGACCGCAUCCUGGGCGCCUGUGGCUCAGAGCUACUGA